AUGCCAGAAUCAAAGCACCACACAGGCUCAGCACAUGAGCAAUUACUAAACACGCUAAAGGCUAUCCAUUCUGAGUCAAAAAGCUUGGAAGAAAAAGUUGGAGAGUGCCCUGUUUUCCAAACAAAGGAAGGCUGCCCAUUUAAGGAUGCCAGCAAAGAAGGGAAGCCUCUGAUAGAGCCGCCUAGUGAUGUCCUGGAAAAUCUGACUGCCGCUGACAUCAGUAAGUUGAAGGAGAAGUGCCCUGCUUUUAAAGAAGGAUGUCCAUUUGCCAAGGUUGAUAAUGAAGCCCUACUGGAAGAAAUCAAAAAAUGCCCUGAGUUUAAAGAUGGUUGUGCCUUCAAGGAUACAAAAUCAGUGGAAGAAAUCCACAGCAAACUAUCGCAGAUGCCAAGCAGUGACAAAGACGGCCACCACAAAGAAGCUGUAGUUCAGGCCAUGAAAGUUAUUCACAGUGUCGGCAAUGAGAAGGCUGAUGAGUGUCCAGUGCUACAGAAUGAAGGGUGUCCAUUUAAAGACGUCGAAAGUGAGGGAAAGCCACUUGUAGAACCUGCUGAGGAUGUACUGCCAGCAGGUACUAAAAGAAAGAGCCCUGCCUCCAGUUCAGGCUGCCCUUUUUCAAAAGUGGGUAAGCAAGAUGAAGAAGAAAAGGCAGGCGAUGAUAAGUAGUCUCUUCUCCAAAAGCCAUUCGAAAAAACGAGUUUUUAUCCAAUAAUUUUGUACUAAGAGAAGUAAUCCACUAACAAAUAAAUACAGUGGCAAGGAAUACAAUCAUGCAGUUUCUUGUUGAGUUCUAAGAUUUAAUCACUUUUUAACUUUUAUGUCACCACCCAUGUAACAACAUGUCGUGAGCCCCCCCCCCCCCUACUCUUAGAUGACAAAUAAAGUUAAAGGCCUAAAGAAAAAGUUUUGUAGUAACAUGGUAACAUGCUGAGAAGAAAAGUUAAAUGAAUCAAUUAAAUAAAAAGCAUUUCUUCUAAGUUGUCUAUGCUAAUAUGUUUCUUUUAAGUAGUAAUCUAUGUGUUCAGUACCAAGUUUUCCAAAGGAACAAGAAAUUACUCUGUCCCAGGCAAUCAGGUAGUGUGGACAGGGCAAAGAAAAGUGAGCCUGAAAAAAAACUCCAUUGGGCUUUGGAUGUCUCUCCAUUUUGCAUCACUAGUGGCUUUUUCUGAACACCUGAGGAACAGUCUAUUAUAACAGCUUGUUUUGUCUAUGUUUCUCCUAAACCUGGGUUGAUUCCGUUAGGGGAGGAGACUCAUCUAGACAAGACAACAUGGAGUCUUAACAAAUUUAAGUAUCAAAUUGGUUAACUGUUACCUCAAGUUACAUAAGGGGAAUUGUAUAAUAAUAUUACAUUAUAUUUUAUGAUCUCAUUUUCUUUAGACUACGAGUAGUCCCCUUUGUGUUUCGCUUGCUCCCUCUAGUAUCCUUGAGGAAAAAUGGGGGACUACUUGUAGUCUAAUUUUCUUUGACACAGAAGUCACAGGGGCGUAGCCAGGACUUCUCAAAGGGGGGUUCACAGAGGCUACUCACCAGAUUGUCAUGUUGACCUCCAAGAGCCGUUGACGAAAAUACUUUACCAAAAAACAUUUUAAAAAAGUGGGCUUUUCAACAAUGGCUUCUACGGCCAAGAUAUUGUCAUGGCGUUUUUGCUACCUGAAUAUUGUAGGUCGUUUGCUCAAAAGAAGGCUACCAAGGGGGGGUCAUGGGCACCCCAGGACACCCCCCCCAGCUAUGCCCCUGAGUCAAACAUACUUUGCUUUAAUUAAUCAAUUAAUUAAUUUUUCAUCCGCUCUCAAGAUAAUAUGUUACAAAUAUAAAUAUAAAACACCUGAAUGUAUUGUUUGUGUAUCUCAACCAUUUCAUAAAGCCCUGACUUUUAUAAGCUAGAUUCUUAAAAGGCUAAACUUCAUUUGAGAACCGGUUGUCGCUGUGUUCUGAAGUGGUACUGAAUUGAGUGUUUUCAUGCGCAAAAGGCGCAAAAUACAGUUUUUAGGCUAUCGAGUCCACAUUUAGGUAGCAACAGUAAAAAUCUGUCCCUUUUUGACCUUGGUUCAAAAGCCAUACCCUUUAUGAGGGGGGUGAAUAGGGGUAUGCAAAUCUGCCGAUCCGUUAUGGUUUUUAUAUUGGGACGCCCUUUCAACAGGUUAAUAAUACGUCGUAGGGAUUUUGUGUGCAUGCGACGGCCUUCGCUUACUGUCAUUUAAAUACAGAGAUCGUGCUGGAUUUUAAUGGCCACUUAAGGUGGCUCCGUAAUUAAUACAAGAGCAUUUAGCUGUGACAAAUUUUCCGUCAUAACUUUUUGGUUUUUAACGCGAUGGCUGCGAAACUUUGCAAAGAACAACAGAUAUCAUUCGGCAAUAACACGAAAUAUUCCGAUUUCAUUGAUGGUAAAUAUUUCUUGAGACAUUAGCGCUUAAAAGGACCCUACUGUUCAAAGAAAAUCGCGUCCAGUAAAAAAUUUUGCUGAUAUUUUUUACUGAAAUUUCUGGUAUCGGCUUUAAUUGAUAUAAUAAAUAUGCCAGAGGAAUUUCAGAAAAAUCGUUGGAGCAGAAGUCCGAAACUAAAAGUCGCUCAAAAUUCAGCUGUGAAAUUGUUUUGGAAUUUCAAAAAUAAAUUACCAUCAGCGAGAAGGAGCCACCAGUUUGAAUUUUCGUGACAAGUAAAUUCAGUGUUUGCUAAUUCUGAAAACAGAAGCCGAUUGCCUAUCGUGCUAUUCUUUAAAAGGUACUUUUCAGUUUUAGAAGCACUAUAAAUUGCUCCAAAACUUUGCUCUCACGUCGAAUGACUUGUUGUCCUUGUUCCUCGACAUUUUUAAAAUAUCCCAUGGCAGUUUUGGUUCAAACUCCUGCUGCAUACAUUUUGAUGUAUUGCAAUGCAUUUUCAACGACUUUUACUGCUGUUCGUUGCUUCCAACUCAGGAAAAAAGUAUUGAGAUUGGACGCUACCUCGUACCAGAGCUCAGGCAGAACUGUCCAGCACCUUUGUUUAUGGCUACAAAAUGAGCACGAGCGGCAGUUCUGCGUGGAAUUCGCACCUCACACAGGGGGGACGAACGACAUCGAUGACCAUGCCUGUGAACCGAAUAACAUCACAGUCCAAAAUAAAAUUAUCGCAAAAAUACUGCCCGUGAAUAAAUUUACAACUCUGGAAUUUUUGUCACUCCUUCCCUCAAUGAAUGGGUAUUUUUUUCUUGAUUAUUAUGUUUUGCUCUGCAAUACAUGUUUAUACAGAUCGGUUCACAGACAUGGGCAUCAUUGUCAUUCGUCCCCCCUAGCUGAGGUGCGAAUUCCUCGCAGAAGUGCCGCUCGUGCUCAUUUUCUGGUCAUAAACAAAGGUGCUUGACAGUUCUAUCUGAGCUUUGAUACAAGGUAGCUUACAAUCCCAAUACCUUUUUCCUGAAUUGGAAACAACGUACAGCAGGAAAAGCCGUUGAGGAUGCAUUGCAAUACAUCAAAAUGUGUGCAGCAGGAGUUUGAACCAAAACUGCCAAGGGAUAUUUUAAAAAUGUCGAGGAACAAGGACAACAAGUCAUUCGACGUCAGAGCAAAGUUUUGGAGCAAUUUAUAGUGCUUCUAAAACUGAAAAGUACCUUUUAAAGAAUAGCACGAUAGGCAAUCGGCUUCUGUUUUCAGAAUUAGCAAACACUGAAUUUACUUGUCACGAAAAUUCAAACUGGUGGCUCCUUCUCGCUGAUGGUAAUUUAUUUUUGAAAUUCCAAAACAAUUUCACAGCUGAAUUUUGAGCGACUUUUAGUUUCGGACUUCUGCUCCAACGAUUUUUCUGAAAUUCCUCUGGCAUAUUUAUUAUAUCAAUUAAAGCCGAUACCAGAAAUUUCAGUAAAAAAUAUCAGCAAAAUUUUUUAUUGGACGCGAUUUUCUUUGAACAGUAGGGUCCUUUUAAGCGCUAAUUUCUCGAGAAAUAUUUACCAUCAAUGAAAUCGGAAUAUUUCGUGUUAUUGCCUAAUGAUAUCUGUUGUUCUUUGCAAAGUUUCGCAGCCAUCGCGUUAAAAACCAAAAAGUUAUGACGGAAAAUUUGUCACAGCUAAAUGCUCUUGUAUUAAUUACGGAGCCACCUUAAGUGGCGUUUAAUUGACAAAAAUCACUAACAAGUUGUGAUUACAUGAUAGCACACUGUUAUAACGAAAUUAUAGAUCACUAUGACAUUUCAACUCAGGAAAAAUUAGGUGGGGGCAAAUUACGCCCGCACAAAAAUAAAAACAAAAUUAGAAAACAACCAAGGAGGCGUUGUGGGGGGUGGUGACAAAAAUGAGUUGCGAUAGACUUUCACUUUCGCUGAGAUGUGCUCGCUGAGCUUGUUCGCAGAAAAAGGGGAAGAACUUACUUGUCGCAGCCUUUACAUAGCUGAUGUCUCUCCACGUGACAAAUAAAAGACCGUGUAAUAGAUCGCAGAGGCCACCCAGAGAACUGCUUAUCGCAAUGCCGCUCCUUGGCUGUUAUCUACUGAUAAGCUUAUCUUUGGUCCCAACAUAAAAACCAUUAUGUUCCUUCCGUUACAUAAUGCUGGCCUAUUAACCAAAUCCUCCUUUAAAAUUUCGCCCUGAAUCCGAGAUGCGAAAAAUAUUUUUUUGUUUCACGCAAAAUCCAAAAUCCGGGCCCAAAAAGUGAAUGAUGAAUGAAUCCGCAAUAGGACAAUUGCACGAUGACGACAUUUGACUACAACUACCAGAAUUCAUUUCGGUUUUGCUUUGUUAUUUAAAUUUCUCAAUCCCGCUGAGGAUUAAAGAACAAUAGCCUUAAUUGGCAUAAGAAAACAACAAACUCAAGGAUUCUGGUAGUUGUAGAAACAUGACGUCAUCGUGCAAUUGUACUAUUCGCUGCAAUUGCAGGAUCCGGAAAUCCGUUAAAAUCUUGGGCGCUUUCCAUUUAGUCAAAAUUUCCGGAAUUUCCGGUUCGGCGGUAAAUGGAACACGUUUCGUCGGUUCGUCCCACUGGAAAAUUCCCAGAAAAAGUGGAAAAUCUAAAAAGGUGGUCCCGUUUUCCCGGUUGGAAUUUCCGAACGGAAUGUCGUGUUCCAUUUACGUUUCUCGUAGUUUGUACCAGUUCCAGGUCCACGGUCGGGCACCCAGCCACGUACCGGGGUUUACGACCAAAUGGAACAACUUUUUACCAAUCGGAAAUUCCACUUUUGCUACCACCGAAAUUUCCGGUUUUUUUUCGUAAAUGGAAAGCGCCCCUUGCUUUGAAUCCGAAAUCCGGGAAAGACGGGCAAAGACAUUUUCAAAAUCCGCCGAUCCGUUCGCCUAUUCAUCCCCCCUCUUUAUGAACUAGCCUGCAUAACAGGCGUUAUUUUUCGCGUUUUUCAGGCGAGCAAAGGAAAUCUCGCCAAAGCAAGAAGGGUAGCUCCAGACACGCGCGACGGAGGAAGGCCUUGCGCGUGCGCUUCGCGCCUUUCCUCGCUCGCCUGAAACCUGAAAACGCGAAAAACAUAAGGCCUGUUUUGCAGGCUAUUUAUGCAUAUGUGUUGCUUUAACUGAAACAUUGACAGGCUGAGAGUAUGAGCAAAGCAAUGCUUUUUGAGUAAAAGUCAAAAAAGAGUUAGUUCUGCCGGCAUGUCUAAAAUUUUUUCCCGCUGGCACUAAACGCAAAAGAAUUGGGACCUAAGAAGGGUAAGGUGGACUUGUCCCAGGCUUCCUCGCCAAUUAGAUUCCAAAAUGGCGGAACAUGAAGUCCGCUUUGCACACUUUUUACAGAAAAAUCCUCAAUGCAUAUUCACCCCAUGGAAUUUAUUUGACAUGUAAACAUGGACCCUCAAGAUCCUGAAAGAGUUAUACUGCAUAUCAUAGUAAUCGGAUUUCAUCAUAAGCGAGGUUCAGAGGUAAGAGUAAGCGAACUGGAAGCUACUUGUAAAGUUUGCAACUGAUAGAAGUUUCGAGUUACUAAAAUACUUCAUUUAGAUUUGCAAGAAAAGGCAGACAAUUUUCAUGAUGGUAUUUUGAAUUAAAUGUACUUUUUUAAAAUAUGAGACGUUCUUAAAAGUACGUCUUGUAAAGAGCAAUGAGCAUUUUCAUCUCACUCACUCAGGCCAUUAAAAAUACUCUAAACAGCUAUUUAAGCCGUCGACCGUUUUGGGUUGUUCGUCUAUUUUUAUUCUUUUUAUUUGAUUCCGCUUGUGUAGGUCGAGUUUUCAUUUCCACCACUUGGAAAUUCCCACAGCACCUUACUUCCUAGUGAAUGGCAGUUUCUGCCAUUUUUGGCUUUGCCGGAUGGAGCCCACAACUGUGAACAAGGUAAUUGUAGUCCCCGGAGUAGGGAGGGGGACACUCGAGGGAAUUUUGGGCGGAGGGAUGUGCCUUGGGCUCUGUUUAAGUUGCUCAUUUUGCUUCCCUGUUUAAGACAAGAGACCUUAUUUUGUGAACCUUAUUCAUUUCGUUUUUGCAUUGAGAAUUAAGCAAAUUUGCAAGGGUGUAUUGGAUUAAUAGAUCAACAAUAGUUGUCAGUAGUCCUCACAUUAAUAUUGUUGAAAUACUAAUCUUGACACUUCACACCGUCCCCAAUUAUGUUGAUUCACAUAUAACCCAUAAUUUUGCAAAAGAUGUGAGUAUCAACAUCAGUGAAGGAGAGAUGGAGUACAUACAGGGAAAUGUCAGAUAAGUCGGUUUCAAGAGCAGGUUUAAAAGGACAAAUCCUUAUUUUUCAUUCAGUGUUUCAACAAAAUUGAUAACCAUUGCACAGUUGACUCCCGAUAACUCGAACCUUCAAGGGAAAUUCAGAAAAAGGUUCGAGUGAUCGGAAGCUCGAAAAAAAUAGCCGGCAGUAAGGAAAAAAACAGUUUUUACUGUAUGGUGAACAUUCUAAUCACAUUUAAUUGUAGAAAUGUCAAGUGAAAAUUGAAAGAUACCUCUAGAUUAUAAAUGAGAACGUAACAUAACCAAACCUUGCUAAAAUAGGGCAUGCGUUUUACUGUUUAGCCUGCGAAUGACAGACGUUUCUCCUCACUCAUCACCGCUGCACGCUGAGUGACGUUUCGCGAGGAGGAACAUCUACGACUCAGCAACAGAAAUUCCAUACUGAUGACGUAAAUCAAUGUUUACAUAAUAAAUUCGGUAGUCAUGGGGUUGCAAAUGCAAAUUUGUUCAAUUUUACGUUUCUCCUGGUCGAUUUGGUGAAGUGUUGUGUUCAUCUGCAAAUGAGCUGAAGCAAAACUCAAAUGCUACUUUUAGAGAAGACUAUAUUCCACAAAUAUUGACUGUUUUGUUAGAGAUUCAUUGCGUUUACAUUUGACCUUUGCGGCCCUUUGUCUUUUGUCUGUCAUUUGUAAACAAUAGCUAAAACAAUGAAUCUACUCCGUCGACCAAUUAGCGCUUCUGACCGGAUUCCGGACAAAUUUUGCGUCAUCAGUAUGGAAUUUCUGUCGCUGAGUCACAGACUUUCCUCCUCGCGAAACGUUCCUCAGCGGCGAUGAGCAAGGAGAAACGUCUGCUGUUCGCAGGCUAUUUACUGUUUUGAGAAGUAAAGCUGUUUCACGUUAGAUUUGUGACAAACAACAUCAGCCUCUGGGAAGUUAUAUACCUACAACAUAACAAUGGGAAAUUCAAAAUUCAAUGUUUGGGAUGCCAGUAGACUGUUUUUUCCCAACUUUUAAGGGUUCCAAACAUGGUUCGAGUUAUCAAGGGUAAAAUUAUAUAGAAAUUAUCUGACACUGAGGGGAAACAAAACUACUUCGAGUUAGCGGAAGGUUCAAGUUAUUGAGGGCUCGAGUUACUGAGGGUAAAAGUACAGUAAAUGUAUGACGGAAAUCCAGGGGAAAUCAAUUUUGGUUCGAGUUGGCGAGGGUUCAAGUUAUUGAGAGUCAAGUGUAGAUUUGGAUUUUAAAAAAAUUAGAAUUAGAAUUACCAAUCAAACACAAAAACCAAAGACAGACUUCGCGAACGAGGAAUUAAAAGGAUCUUUUUUUUGUUGAAUGUAUUUUAAUCAACAGAUUUUGAUUCAGAAUCCUUUUUUUCAUAUUUUAGGUUUUUCAGGAAUUAACCAAAAAUCUGGAUUUCCCAAUCCAGUUCACUGUUAGAUACAUGGUUUGAUGAAAAAAUUCCUGUAUAUUUACAGUGUUCUUCUUAUCAGGCAGUAACUGGUAAAAUUUACCGCUUGAACCCACACUUCUUACAGCCUGUAACAGCCUGAGAUUUACUAAAAUUAAAGACGUACUUUUAAAAAAUGUACAAGUUGUGAUCCAAUCUGAUUUUCACAUGCCACAAGGAAAUAAAUGAAUAUAUGGAAAAGUACUAAAGUAUACAUUGUACACAGGUUUUCUUUUUAUGGGCCAAGCAUUUUGAAAAGAGAACAUUGAAGACAGGGUAAAAUUACUCGAAUAAAUCAUUAAUUGAAAUUGUAGUGUAAAGGUAACAAUGGCCAAUUUGCAUAAAAUAAGUCUUAAAAUGAGGGAAUGACGUUUCAGAGAACUUAGCUUCUAAAUUUCCCAGCAAGGGCAGGGCCAUGUCCUGCACUCCACUACCCUGCUGCCUCCAGGAAAGGGCACCUCUGGUGCAUAUUUUUUGCCUUACUAACUAUGAAUGGUCCCUUACCUACUGAGCUAAAAUUUAGGGAGAGCACUGUAUUUAUCUUAUUGGAUGCAUCAAUGCAAUGUUUUGGUUUUAUUUAUUAAUAAAAGAAGUCAGCAAAACUUAGCAGUCUGUUUUCCUAUUAUCUUUCAGACACAUCUCUUUUUCAUUUACCAAGUCGCAGCACUGCUAUUCACAAACAAUCCACUGUAUUUGGGGUUUCCUGUUACAAGCAGGUUGAUAGCAAGGUUUGUUAUGAUUUUCUUUUAUUGUUAACUUCGGCAUGACUAGUUAGUACUAAGGCACUUGACUGCAAAGCAGGUUGUCACAGGUUUGAUCUCCACAGCCAGACCAAUACUCAGGGGGUCUUCAUAAAAAUAGUGUCCUUUAUUAGUACAUUAACACUCAAAUUAAGUAUACAUGUCUUAUUAUGACUACUACUACUACUACUACAACCACCACCAUUGCCAGUGCUACCACCACCAUCAUCAUCAUCAUCAUCAUCAUCAUCAUCUAGGGGACACAGAGAGAAACAGAAAAAACUCCUUGAAUGGAGAAGAGAACCAAGAACAAGCUCAAUCCACAUAAAAAUUAUGGUGUCAAUGCUGAGAUAUAAACCUGAGCCUUAUUGAUGGGAGCGGUGUUGUGCUCACCAGUGGCCCAUUCCUGGCCUCCUCCCCUCUUAGAUGGUUUUGCCUUUUUUGUAUGAUCUUCAUAUUAACCACAAUAAGUAACCUAUUAUGUUUCACUGUGACCAAACCACAAACAAAAAAGAAUUAAUUUUGCCUAGCUCUGUGGCUAGAAAUUAUGUUGUCCUGUAAAUGGGUGUUAUCCAGGAUAUGAUUAAACUUAAUACACUUGUCACUGGCUUCCCUGCAGAGAGGGUAAGGAGGGCACUAAGGUAAGGACUUUACAAAAUGUGUCCUCUAAAUCCCUUGUAUUCCCCUACACUUAAUUGCAUGAGGAUUACCUUCAAACAAAGUCCCCCUUGUUGUGGGCAGCCAAACGCCCAUUAAGACUUGAAGACUUCUAUGAUUUAUGGUAGUCGAUUUGAAAUAAACAAUCAUAUCAAUUAACCAAAUUUGAACCAGUUUUAUAAACUUUGCAGGAUUUGAAAGCCAAGAAUGAUGAUGUAACGAGAAGUACUGUUCAGAAAAGUGUUUGCAUUUUGUCUUGUUUGGUAGGUUGUUGCAUGUACUGAUUAUACUUAACAUAAUAUAAACCCAAAAAUACAAAGUAGUAAAAAUUUCUGCUUGCUCUGUUAAUCUUCUUAAAUUUGUUAUAUGGUAAAUGUCUUCAUAGCGAUUGGUAUCUAUCGAUAUUUCAAUCUGACUGAAUAGUGGGAAGGUGCAGUUUAAUUAAGUUACUCCCGCUGCUCAUUAUCCGUGGAAGAAGGCAGAUUUGAUUUUGGUACUUGUAGUGGCAGACUUGCAGAUUCAGUUUAAAAGUUAAUCAAUAAUUCAUUAUUUAAUAAUUAGGCAAUUUCUCACAUGCUGAAAAGGGGAUUGGUCUAAAAGUAUUGCCUAGUAUGACUAUGUAGACCUAAAAUACACUGAAAUUAGAUUAUUUUUACAAUAAAAUAGUACUUGUGCCAAUUUCUAUAGACUUUAAGAUGCUUCCAGUAAUAUAGCCUGCGUGCAGACGAUAACUAAACUCUGAUUAGUACCGUCUGUGAAGCAGCGCAGAGAUCUUUGUUCUGGGCCCCCAACGGACUCAACGAAUUACCGGAAGUGCAUUUCGAAUUCCCCUUCAACCUGAUUGGCGAUCACGACAAACAAAACAAAGCCUUUUUUAACUGGCCAAUUGUGGCGCGUACUCAAAUCUGGGUACACAGCUGGAAGUCCAGAACAAGGAUUUCGGCGCUGUUUCCAGACGGAGUUAACCAGAGUUUAAUUUCAUCUGCGCACAGGCUACCAGUAAUACUACAUCCACUGAAAAAUCUAGACUGCUUCAAAUCUCAGUUAAUUGUUAUGUUUGGUUAAAAACAGCCACUUUAUGGGUAUUUAAGAGAAAAGCUUCAAGUUGCAACAAGAGUGUAUUUUGAUGAGAAGGACUUCUCAAGGACAGGAAUUUUAGAGGUAAAUAAUUUACCUCUAAUAAUUAUUAUUAUCAAUAAUUAUUAUUGCCUACAUUAAUAUUGUCAGACUAGUGUAACUUUUUGUACAUACCACCUUAAGCUACUGCCUAUGAAGCCCCCUGCAACUUAUACAUGUAAGCACUCCCAGUUACAAGCCCCCUAGUAAUAGGCCCAUCUACCUGUAAACAAAAAAAUACAUCCAAUAAUAUAAGGUCCUCCAGAUAUAAGCUUCCUCUAGGAUUCCUUUUCUUUAAUUCGGCUUAUUAUGACCUUUUGAAGCUCGAUUAAAAACCCAAAGAUGCAAAACAUUUUAUGUUGUGGUUCAAUUUUAUCCUUGGUUUAAAUUUUAUUAAUUAUUCAUUAUCAUACAUUACCAUACCCAAAAACAAAGGAAAAUAGACAGGGUGCAAAGAAAGUCAGUUUUACAGCCUGCCAUUCGGGCAAGCUGUAGCUAGUAUGUACUAGCCCACAAGUCAUUUUAACUUGCCCCAAAACCCUUUUUGAUGAGCAGGAUUGAUUACAAUCCUUCUGUAAUUUGAAUUCCCCAAAAAACAGCACUUAGCCAUCAGGCAAGUCAAGUACAAAAAUCACUAGCCCGAUGGCAAAAUCCACUAGCCCUAGGCUAUCGGACACAACGUUCUUUGCAUGCUGAUAGAGUUUAAACCAAGGAUAAAAUUGAACCACAACACACAUUUUGAUCAGCACUGCUAAGGCUUGUUUUGAGGAGCUUUUUUUUAUUCUAGUUUUAAUAGCCCUCUUGGAUAUAAUCCUCUCCAUUUAUAAGCCCUCCUAAAACCACUUAUAAAGAUAAAUAAGGGGCAGUUUAUGGUAUUCAUAUUCUCUCCACUGGAGGUGGGACUUUUUAAACUGAACAACAUUCAUUGCAUGCUUUCAGUGGGAGCAGUUUUUCCCCACCAGGGGACAUUAACCUUAGAGUUUUGUUUGAGGCGCUAUGGGAAGAAGAUUAAAGAUGGAUCAAAGAAAAAAUUCAUGCAUUAAUAACAGGGCUGACAAGUACAAAUGAAGUAAUUAACGCCACUCUUGUCUUUCUUUUCCCAAGGAACUGUACAAAAAUUUAAACAUGUCUCUGUCACCAAGUCUAAUGGAAGAGUCUUUGCUAUUUGUUGGUAAGUUGAAAAAAUGUAUAUCAUACACUGUACAUUAUUUUUCCUUCUUUUGAGUAUGAAGUGUUUACUGAUUGUAGUCUGCUGCGGAGCAAUUUUCUGCCAGUUAAAGUAAGUGCAGUAAACUCUACGGGACCUUCAAAUGUUCAAUUAAUUCAGGUGUCUGUUUAUACAGGUCCCUUGUUGCAGAAAAAAAUAAAGGGAGAAAAUGUUUACUUCUGUUUGGACACUCUAGAAAAGUUGUCCAUGCAAUGUAGGGUCUAUUUUAUGCAGGUUUUUCUGGACAUAUCUAGUGUAUGUAUGAACGUGGCUCAACUUUAUUUUCUUCUUUUUCAGGUCUCUCAGUGGUUGAGUUAGUUAGAAAAUUCAGACAUAGGGUAAGUGUCUACUUAAAAAAAUUAGUAUCAACUCUGCUUUUCUCCUACCCUUUUCUUGACUGUGAGCAGUCUCUCUGUUGCUCAAAAAACAGUGACAGAGCGAGAGCAAUAAUGGAAGUGUGAGAGUGGUGAAGCUGCAAGCUCCCGCAUAACUUGCUGCUCUCAGUGUCGCUGCUCGCACACUUGCAUUAUCACACACACUGACACUGAUUUUCAAGAGAAAGAGAGAUGUUCACAGUCUAACUCUUUUCUCUCUCUCUCUCUCAAGAAAUGCAACUAUCUACAAGAUUUUAGAUAAAAUGGUGAAUGAGUAAGCACACUAAAAUGAUCCACUAAGCAAUGAGCAUUGAGAGAAAUAGCACGCUAGCAUACAAGCAGUGUGUCACAAGUCAUGCUUAAAUUGAAUUUUUCUUUUGUUUAAAUUGCAUGUGAAUCACAAAAGAUCAUUAUCAUACAGUCUGGCACUGAGCAAAAUGUUGUGCUACAGAGAACUGAAAGUUGCGCAGUAGCCUCUUAAAAAACCAAAUGCUAAUGAAACAUAAAAAUGAAAUACCAUUAUUUCUUCAACAAGGUACUCAUAAGAAAAGUUGGCCAUUUACUAGAGUUUCUGUUUUCACUGAUUUACUGACAAGUUUAUUCCUUGGGACUCUGGUAACUGGCCAGUAAGUAGAGAGUGGCCUCUUAAAUAGGGGGCCACUUAACAAAGGUGCAAGUACUGUACUUGAAAAUUUUGGCAAAAAAGAGAGGUGAUUAGUCAAAGAAGGGUGCUUAUUCCAGGGCUGUACUUAUGAAAAGGAGGAUACUUAAUUACGACAGUGUGGGCACUGACAUUCAGGUGUAGGGAAACACGGUAUAUAUUAACCCAUUCGCCCCUGAACCGCCCGUAACCGCCUGUGCGGAUCCAGGUCCUUUCUACCCUUUGUGACGUCAUCAGUUUUAACAGUCAAGGACAACUUUCUUCGCUAACUUGUGCAGAGUGAAGAAAUCUUUCAAACCAUACCAGAAUGAGCACAAUUCAGUCAAGGACACCGGAGAAAGAAGCAAAAAACCACGUGACAUUGACAUGAAAAUCUCCAUGAAAAUCUUGUUGCAUUGCUCACCUACCUUUCCUUUCACCUAAUCCUAAGAUCCUAAAAGCUUUCCUAAAAACUCUUCCCACCAAAAUGAAGCCUACUAAAUGCCCAGCAAGAGAAAAAAAAAUGAGGCAAGAAAAGCGAAAAAAGAAGGGAGGAGAGAAAGCGAAAAGUAAAAGUCAAGACUGCUGUGUCACUUUUAAACCCAAAAACUCUCUCGAAAUUUUGCUUUCUGCGCAUGCCCGAACUUCGCAAGCUGAUAUUUUGCAUCUGGAUCAGAAGGCCACGAAGUGUACGACCUGUAAACCGGUUUGUGGUAAGUUUUAGCUCUUUAUAGCACGACAGUGACCGGAAAACCACUCGACUAGCUUCAAAACGCGUUUUUCGGCAAAAUCUCCAGGAGCGAAUGGGUUAAGGCAAUCACCGUCAUAUGCAAUCAAGUACAUUAAGCCUGUGAACAAGCUUUCCAUGACAGUGGGGGUUGUCAUGAAAGGUUAUUUGCUAGCAGUAGGUGAAAGGAAAAUGGUUUAAAGGCUUGUUUAUAGUGGAAGGUGCACUUAGCUUAUCCAGCUAGUUUACAGGCACUCCACUCAAAUACUUAGAAUCAAAUAACUCAAAAUAAUACAACAUAACAGGAUUAAAAAACCCCAACUGGCAGAAGGCAACCAGUUGGCUUUUUACAAGCGUUGCAGAGGAUUUGAACUCGGGACAACUGAGAACAAAUCCAGCUAGUGGCCAGAGCGGGACUCGAACCCGGGACUGCCAGAUUGUCAGUCGGAUGCACUGACCACUCGGCCAGGCUGCAUCUUUGUAAAGGAGAUGCAAGCAAGAGGGAGGGAAACUGAAAAGAGAAAGUAAUAAUAACUGGCAGUAGUAUUUCACUUUGCCCUGCGAAGUGUGAAUAAAAAUCCUACAGUAAUCAGUGCAAGCUCUAGCUCCUUUCCUUCACCCUUUUGCUUUGCUUCUUGCACAUUCUUUUGCGGGCUUCCUUCACUUGACACUCAAAACGGAGAGUUUGCAAGCAAUCAUGUUAUACAAACUCACUCUGUGGGGUUUUUGCUUUUCAGGUUUUAAUUCUAUUUAAACUACUUCUAUUAGAGAAAAAGGUAGGACAGUUACCAUGAACUUGCCAAGUUUGAAAGUGAAACGUCUUAAGCGAGCAAAGAUAUACAUACGCAAAGUUGCGAAAAUUUACAGCCGUUGUAUGGUGGGGGGAAAGUUUGUACCCUCACCAUACAAACUUCUCUAAAAUAUUGCGACUUUGAGGGGCUAUAUCUUUGUUAGUUUUCAACAAAUCAAUUUCGAACUUGGCUAUUUUAUUAAUUUAAAGGCGCUCUUUUCAGCGAAGUAGACAGAUUUUUCUUAUCUUGCUCAAGAAAAAAGUUGGACUGAAAAAGCGUGGAAAGGUCUAUUUCUCAGAAUUCGAUGUAAUGAGAUUUUAUCUUGUCACUGUGAACAUUGUCAGACUAGUAUUUUUAACUUUUUAUAAGCUGGAUUAUUUCCUGUUUCUACUACUCUCAUACCCCAGUAACCUGUGAUGAGGCGUUCUAUUUUUUUUGUCGGGGGAACACGAAAUUCGACGGACAAGCAGGUCCUUUUCCACCUCUCACCUCCUAAAGAAAAAAGAAAGAAGGAUCGACUGAUCAUAGGUUAAUGCCCCACUUUCUGUCAAUUUAGGUUAUAUUUCAUGGAUUUCCUGUUGGCAGUCUAUGUACUCAGCUUCUCUCACUAGUAUCUCUAUUUCCUAGUAAGUAUGCUAUAAUAAUCUUACGAUUCUUUCACCUUUUCUGGGCGCGAUUUUAAAAACUGAAUGCUAUCAGACCUCAAGGGGGUACUCCCUAAAAAUUAAUAGCCUGUAUAGGGAGGCUCCGCCCUAAAGGGGUACUCUUUUUCAGGCUUCAGGUAUAUGAAAAGGUAGGGAUUUUACUAUCUGAAGUAUAUGAAAAGGUUGGGGAAAUCUGUCAUUUUGGUAGAUAAAAAUUACCAACAGGGCUGACAAAUGGAUUUUAUGGCUGUCAAAAAGGCGAGAAGACGUUCUAUUUUUGUGAUUGAUUCCUAUUUAAAAGACAGUGCAUUUACAGCAGUUAAAGGAUGCAAAGUUCUAAACUAGGUUUGUGAAAAGAGUACCACUUGUCAACAGAGGGUACACGAAAUAGGUACCUUUUUCGUGAAAAAAUGGGAUAUAAAAGGGUAAGGGUUUGGACCUCGGGGUAGAGCCUCCACGUAUAAAACUUUGUUGAGACCUCCCUCCCCCCCACCUCCCCCCCUCCGGCCGGGUGCGUCACACGUCAAUAAGAAAUCAUGGAACUGUAUCCACAUCCAAUGAGGGAUGGGCGCCAGCUUUGGUCAUGAAGCAGAUGUUACUUUGUGAUAACUUACAUGAACAGUAAUUUCAAUAUGGCGUAUGUGAUUUUUCUUGUAAUUGCCUGGGAAGUAAUGCCUGCAAGCAACUUCUCUGCUGGGCAGGGGUGGAUGGGUGGAAAACGUCCCUCUCGUUCUUUUCCCUCCCCUACCCCUGUGCACUGCUCCUUGUCCCUGCUCACAAGCUAGUCCCGGGAUCUUGAUUUCUAUUAUAGAUAUGAAGUUCUUGAAGUUCAGGGCAAGAGAAUUAAGAGUCUGAGACCUGAAAAUGUUUUUUUUCCGUUUUUGUAUUAUCCUUCUAUUCAACAGUUUAUAUCCUACUUUUGAUAUUAAAAUAACAAUUUCCUGUUUGGAUUUUUUUCCUAGAAAUGAUUCAAAAUGGCUUGGUCUAUGCAACCCCAAAGGAAAGUGAGCUGGACAAGACAGAAAAUGUAUGCUAGACGCCCCCCCCUCCUUACCAACCCCUUGACCUGAAGAAGCGCCCAUUAGAGCUUAAAAUGAUAUCCCGGGAUCACCUCUAGUUUGCAAGUUGCUUUAUGCAGUCACAGGGGCCUAAUUAAUCUGUUUUAUGUACCGUUCAUAUACAGUAGUUUCGUCAAGCUACAAUUUCGUUAAUAAGAUCAGCCCGUUAUUUCAAACAAUCACCAUGUGGAAUCCCUUAACUUAAUUUACCUAAUUCCAGUAGUAAUCGGGGGCUCACAGUGCCGCGUUCCACUGUUCACUUUUGGAGAUGCGGUUGUAGGUAAAUGUCACCAAUUAGGAAACCCCAAACGUUAUUUACCUCACACUGAUUUUACCUUUUAUUACGUUCAGUUGAAUUGUUGGUGCGGGUAGAUAAUGGAGUCCAGCCGUGUGAAAAGAUUUGAUUUCGUCAUUGACUGCGCCUCUUCUUUUCUUAGAACACUUCUUUCUGUCUUUUUUACAGGAUUUUUACCUUCCACUACAUGUACAAGAAUCCGAAGAACUUGCAGUGGACAUUUUUGGAUUCCCUUUAGCAAUUUUUACAAAGGUAAUUUUCAUAUUCUCCUGUAUUUCGUAGUACAUUGUGUAUAUGUUUAUCCAUAGUUAAGUAGAAGAGACUGGCACAGCUAGCAAACAUCAAGUACAUAACAUGAAGUUUAGGGAUGUAAGUGUUAAAAAUACUGUCGAAGAAAAACAUUUGAAAUACAUGUACAGCUAGUCAAAAAAGCCAGGAAAGCAAACAUCAUUAAAACUAACUUUGACAAGGAGAAAUCACUGUGAAACUAUGUUUCAUAUAUCACUGCAAUUUGAUACAGUCUUAUGAAAAACUUAUUUAAUCACAAUAUUUUAUUUCAGAACUCAAUAUUUCAUCCAUAUUUAUCUUUACAACAAAUGGAACUAUUGAAAAGCCCCCAGGUUCGCAGCUUUUUGGUUGGAGCUUCAAAUUAUUUGUACAGAAGACAGAAGGGGUUAUCGGACGUUUUAGUUGAUGUAAGUACGAACAACUAUUUUCAUGUGCCGCUUGGUUUCUUUGUACUUGAAGAGAAGUACAUCAAAGUAUCCAUACUUUUGUCAGGCAGUAAUAUUAGUGAAACAUUUACAAGGUAGAUCACCGCUAUACAUUGCCACGUUACAAGGUUUUGACGUUUUGUUUCGUAAGUUUUUUAAAAAACACUUUUGACGACUGUGAUGGGUUUCAUAUAACUUAGCUCGCCCUAUCUUAGUAUAAUGCAGAACCAAUCAGCAGUCAAGAUGCUUUGAAGGCGUAGUUAUGCAUUCGAAACUUUCCAUUUUCUGGUCCUCCAUAGCUAACCGACUCCGCCUUCAAAACGUCUUGGCUCUGUACUGCUUCAAACUUAUCAAAGUUGUUACAAACCCAUAGAAAAAUGUCGAAGAAAGAUGUCGAAAACGUUGUCGAAUGGUAGCGGUGGCGCGAUCUUCACUCUGUCGCUAGCUGAUUGCAGUGUUUGCUAGGUGUUAAACUGACGUACGUUUCCUCUCCUUGUUGUUGUUGUUUUUUUUUUUUUCCUUUCUGCGCCGGAAUCAGUUAUCGCUUCCGGCAAUUCUACUUUUCAAUAAAAUCCUGGAUCUAGGAAACUGCAAAACUCCAUAAAAAUCACCUUCUAAGUGAUUUGUAUUUGUUCGCAAAGCGAAAAAUAGAAUACUUUUUUUGUCGAAUUCACUUGCCUUUUAAUAGAAAACUUGAAAUUUUUAGGAUUUCACUCUUCUACUAAGUAUGGCUCAAGUCAAUCAACUACAGUUAUUGCUAAUUUUCACUUAUUGCGAAGAUCAAGGCGAGAAAUUUCUCGAGUAUUUUCAGCUUUUCGCUGUUUGUAUAGGUAAUAGCAUGAUUUGUAGUGAUAUUUGACAUAAAUACCACGAAUGAUAAUUUUAUUUCAAAACUGUCAUACGUAAUUUCACAAACCGUUAGGCGAGUGAAAUUUGAGACAAUUUUGAAAUAUCACGAGUGGUAUUUAUGCCAAAUAUCACGAACAAAUCAUGCUAUUAUUUGUUUAUACUACUACGCACAAAAGGUUUGUAAUUUUCACAUGUAGGUAUUUCAAAUGAAGCUGAAAUACCACUGCUCUAAGCCAAUCAAAUUGCAGACAUUUCUCAUGAAGUGGUAUAAUCAUCAAAGUAGAAAAAUGUCGUCUUUCUUUCCGCUUUUUUUGGUUGGGCCUCCUUGAUUGACAGCAGUCAAAAAUCGCGCGAAACUCAGAUCAGAAUCGCGGCAUAGAUUUUCUUGUCUUCAGUAGUCUGUAGCUGUGAAGAUGGCGAACUGCGUUAAGAUAAAGAUGAAUGAACAUUUGAUGAGGCCUAGAGCGUAGGCCACACAGUUUUGAAUGAUGGCGUCUACCACCGCUUCAUUUAUGUUGAUUAUGCCAUUUUUGGAACAGAAUAAGCGCAAUUUUUUUUUUCCGAAAAGUCUCUUCGUACUUCCGGGAAAUUGUGCUUAAAUAAAUGGGUUAUCUCUGUAUAUGUUUGUUUGCUUUAACGUCACACCUUGCAAGCAUUUCAUUUGGCGCCAUUUUUUGACAGCUGUCAAUCAAGGAGGCCAAAUUAACAGAGAAAGCGGAAAAAAGUCGAUAUUUUUCGCCCAGUUCUGGAAGAAAAAAAUUUAAAAUACAUCUUGAUUAGCGUUUUUCUUUCUUAUUCGAAAAUUAAGUUGAACGCCCACUUAGAACUUCCUGGCCAGAACCAUAUCUGCCAUUUACCUCACUAAAAUCACUCGAAAACAUAUAUUUUUUUUAUUACUAUAACAAUGUAACAAACGGCAGACAAAGUGUAAACUUAAUUUAUGUUUCUUUCAAUAGUUUGAGAGUGGCGCCGUAGAAAUAAAUGAUGUACAACUAAAUGAACAGCUUUCGCUGUCCACUGCUGACCUGAGAUUUGCAGAUUACAUCAUUCAACACGUCAAUGAUUACGUUGAAAAAGGCGAACAGGAAGCAGGUCAGUCGUUAAAGUGACUUACGCUACUGAGUUUCCAGUAACAGCCGAAAACUGUCAUUAUCCUAGGGCCUUGCCAAUAUCGUACACACGCACAAAGUUAGGUCACCAAAGUAGUGUGUGGCGGUCAUGUGUGCCCUUUAAUCCCCAUUUUAGGCUGAGCAACUUAGCAUAGAGGUUGGACACUUUUUCGGUCACACAGUUGUACACUCAUCUGCCGUGUCCAGGUGUUUUUUCUUGCGUAAGCACGCACAAGGCUCUCCCCUGACCGCCAGCUGCUCACAAUGCUUGUGGGAGCUGGCAGUUCUGACACAGUAUGCGAGGUCACGUUGGAUAUAUAGACUAAGUAUGUAUGUGAUCUGUACGAGAGAGUUUAGGCUAAGAACAGAGUAAAAUUUACUGGCAGAAUAUUCAGCGGUGAGUGGACGGUAAUGUAAAAAACCAGUUGAAAUAUUUUUAUGUGAUUUAGGGUACGGCUUUAAUUAUUUUUGGCGUCAAGCCGAAAGAACGGUUAGGAACUAAAACUGCAGUUGGACGCAAAAUAGAAUAGCGUAAGGUUAUAUGCAAGAGUUCCAUAAGCACCCCACCACCUAAAAAUGCCAACUCAACCCUCCCCCUUGCCCCAUUUCCGGGGUGUGCAAUUCCUUGUCAAUUUUCGCCGUUUUUCUUUCGCCCUACAUCGUCGGGCGCACUGAACUGCAAUCCAUCACACAUUAAACAUGGAAAAAUUGCCGCGAACAAGCAAAAAAAAACUGAAAUUGUCCUAGAUUGGUAUAUUUUCUUGCUACGCAUUCCCAAACAGUACUCUCUCAGCCUGUUUAAAUUUACUUGUUGGUUGUGCGUUUUUGAUAAUCGUAAGUGUUGGCGGGCAAAGAUGACGCGGAAACCAGGUAAAUGAAAUCGCAUGAAAGCAACAUUUAAGCCAUUAGAAUUGUUAGAAUGUGAUACAUGCUUUUGUUCACCAGGAUGGGAUGGAAGCGACGAGUGGAUACGAGCUCAAUUUAAGAUGUAUCUCAUGUCUUUGCUGUCAACCAUACAACACACAGGUUUGUCAGCGUCGAGAAAUUCUUCGCUAUAAAAUUUUUUACUUAGCUUUUAUACAAACUUUUUUUUUUACUGUAGUCGCGUCUACAAAUAUACUCGUGCCAUAAAGCCGAUUUUCAAUUAUGUUCGUGGCUUGGCCAGCCCCUUCGCAGACCCUAGGGGUUCUUCACGCGUUCCACACUGAGGCUGUGGUUUGGGUUUAUUUUCUGUAGAUAAGCUCAAGUUUUACUAGAAAAUCUUGCGGCAGCUUGACAAAUUAGGGGGAGAGGGGUGGGAGCUAAAAGACUCUCCCGCGCUAGGUUGCUGUAAAACAUAACUAGAACGCCUUGAAUUAUCUCCCAAUUAUUGCUUUUUCUACCGGUUGUCUUAAUUGUAAGCUUUGCGAGAGUUUUCUAUGGUAAAGCAAGAGUAUAGCGCAGUUGACCUGAAAAACAUUUUGCGUUAAAGGUUUGGCCUUCUACAAAGCCGUGUUUUCUGAGAAUGUCAUAGUAAUUGCUCUAAAAAUCAGUAUUUUUGAGGAAUGACAAAGAAUCUCAGUGCUAUAGAUACUGGGAAUCUUGUAGUGAAGAGCCUUUUUUCAGUUUUUUGCUGGAUUACCCCAUUUUUUUUUUUUAUUAUUAUUUUUUUUCAUAACAAGUAAACAGGAAUGCAAUUCGAAGUAAACUUAUACUUCUCGUUUUGCAGACGGCGAAGGGAUGACAAACUACAAUGAGCAGUUUGUGGAUGCCUGGAAACAAACUACCAACUAUCAAGUGUGGCGAGGGAAAGAGCAUGCUGGGAUCGACGAUGUUCACGCAGGGUAAUCACGUGAUAUUUCGUAAAAAUACAUUUGUUUAUUGCAGUUUUUAAACGUUAUUAUUAUUUUUUUGUUUGCAGACAUCCAUUUCAAGGCCAGUUAGGACUGUCUGAUUUAAAGAUCCGACUCGCCAGGUAAUUGAAGGUUCUUGUCGCUCUCGCUAAUAUAUCGUUCGUCGUUAAGUUAAUGUUCCCGUCACAGUGACGUGAUAAACGCUAGUAAAAAAAGUUGUCGUGAACAUGAUUACGACAAUUACUCCGCACAUCGUACCAUAUUCACAGAAAUCGGAAAAAAUCUAUAGGGCAUUUUUCCUUCGAUUUGGUCUUCCCUCCACCCUAAUAUCGCGAUCACCACCCUGGAUGCAAUAAAAUUCUCCCCAAAACUUGAGAAAAUCGUUUGCCAAGUUGAGAACUCUACAAGAAAAUUGCUGUAAACACGAUACGAUGCGUUACAAUACGAUACUUAAUUUAAAGUGGAUAUUACUGACGCUUAGCUUUAUCAGCUAGUGUCCAGGUAAUGCACGGCCCUAAUAUUUAAAUAUCCUUUUGUGGUGGUCAAAAAAGGCAAAGUGAUGGGGAUGUCGGGUAGUAUUUUUGCUUUUAAAAACGUUUUCAUGUGGUUUGCAAGCUGUUGAUUCUUUUUCAAUGCAAAAAUAAUUUUACGACGAAAGCGAAGUCGCGCAGAAUGGCCUGACUGCUGGCGAUUUCCUUGAUGGUCUUGACAAGCUGUUUUUUAUUGUUGUUGUUUGUUUGUUUUGGUAUGUUCUUUUUUCUCUUUGUUUGUAACUGACCAAAUUAUUCUUGUGUGUUGUUUAGCGUUAUGCAAGAUGUGACCACGAACACAGAGAGAGGGCGCAGAAUUGGUCAGGCUGUGGCAAGCACAGGGAAGGCAGUUGGUAAGUCCGUAUCAUUCCUCUGACUUUUAAAUAGAAGUCAGGGAUCAAAGGUUUUGGAAAUUCUACAAUGUUCCAUUUUGAGCUGUAGUGUAAAGAGAUGGUUUAUUAGCAUAUGGCGCAAUGGCGGCCGCACGUGUUUUUUAACGUUGGCCAAAUUUUCGGCUACCAUUGUUAAGUGCAGGCAUCUGCAAUUGUAUUGCUUUGAUGGCAACUAAAGAUGAAAUUAAGUCACUCUUGGAGGCCGAAAUUGGACCUCUAAAAGCUAAAUUAACCUCGAUUGAAAAGUCAUUCUUUGAAUUGGAAAAGUCGGUCAAACACUUCUCCGCAAAGUAUGAUGAGCUCUUGAAGCAAGUACAGCGCUCAAAUGAUAGAACAGCAAGCCUUUCCACUGAUGUUAAGAACCUAAAGGAAGAUAUGAAGCAGUGCAAGAAAAUAGGGCGCGAAAUUGAAGACCUUUCUCAAUACUUGCGCCGCGACUGCUUGGAGCUGACAGGCGUUUUACCAACCGAAGAAGUAUCUUGUUUUGACCUUGUUUGUUCUAUUGGGAAGGAAAUGGGUAUCGAGCUGCAAGAUGAAGACAUCUCCACGGCCCACCGUUUACCCACUUACAAUAAAAGUGCAGAAGACAAGAUUAUCGUCAAGUUUACGCGUCGCAGUAUUCGGGACGAGUUUUACGGAAAGAGGAAAACAAUCGCCGGCAAAGAAGUUGGUAAAGUUGGCACUCUACGGGAUCUUUCUCAAGACCCAAAGAAGAAAUUAUAUAUCUCCGAGUCGCUAACACAAGCAAGAAAGAAAUUGUUUGGCAGGAUCAACAAGUUUAAGAAGGACAACAAGUGGAAAUAUAUUUGGACCAACAACGGGCGAAUAUACCUCAAGCAAGGAGACGGGGAAAAGCGUACGUUCACAUUCAACUACGCAGACGAGUUCGCUGACUUCAAAAGUAAAUUUCCUCUUGGAUAAGUGAAGUCUAUUUUUUUCUUUUAUUUAGUAGGUGCAUAUGCCCAAAUUUUGCUGUUUCUAGUACCGAUCCUGGUAAGUCAUUCAGUUGGAACUGUUCAAGUUAUCUAAUUAUAAUCACUUGACACGACUGUGAAUUAUUUAUCGGAACUGCCAUUUUAUGGCUUAACAGACAGGCGAGAAUUCGCGAAAGCUGUGGGAUCAUGGGUGUACGAUACUGUUCUUACGCUUGAAGAAAGAGAUUUAUUUGAGAACGUUCUUGAAAGCCCUGACAAAAACGAUCAGUUCUUGAAUAUCUUAGGAAAUUUAAAGAUAGAGUCAAAAUACUACACAAUCAAGCAAUCUGGCACGUGCUUUCAAAAAUUUAACACAAGAGGCUUCUCAAUAUUCAAUUGUAAUAUUCGGAGCUUAGGAACUAUUCAAGAUUUAAUGAAGCCAGAUACCUAGCUGACAUAGCCACGGUAGAUUUCUGUAGUUUAGUUACUAAUGAUGUGAAUGACAGUAUGGCAAAAAUUAUUUCUACAUUAGAAGGAAUGACUAACAAACAUGCACCCAUUGAAAGAGCAUCACGAUGUAAACGAAAACUAUUAAGAAAACCUUGGAUUUCUAAAGGCAUUCUAAAAAAUUACCAAAUAUCUUUAAUCAGCAUUUUCGCUAUGCAAGUGAAGUCCAUACAUAUAAUACGAGAUAUGCUUCAAAAAGUAACUUCUACAAACCACGUUCCAGGACCAAUAUUGGAAAGCAAACAACAGCGGCUAUGGCGACCGAAUUGUGGCAACAGCUCCCUACCCAUAUAAAAGACCUUUCAACUUAUAACUUUCCUAAAACAUUAAAAGAAUACUUGUUGGCCGAACAAUUAACUUACUGAAAUUAUUUUAUUUUAAUCAUAUCGUCAUGUACUAUGAUGACUGUUUUCUCUUCUUUUUUUUGCCAUCUAUGUGCUUUUUUUUUUUUUUUUUUUUAUGGUGUGUGUCUUAAGAUGUUUUGUAUGUCUAGUUAUUGUGAUGUCCUGUACAUCCGACACUACUUUCAAAGAACUAGUUGCUAGCUCGAAAACCUUACGGUUAUCUAGCCGCUAGGCAUUUCCUUCUAUGUAAUAAUAUUUAGUUUAAAUUGUAAUUGAAUAUUCUACGUUUUAAGUUACUAAUUAUUCAAUAAGUUUGACAAACCCUGUAAUGGAAAUGUGAAUAAAGUGUUGUUUGUUGUUGUUGUCGUGUGUGUGCUGAAAUGUUUCUUUUCCUUUCAAUUGUGUCGAAAGUUAAUUCGUAAAUGCUUCGGUUUUGCAUUGCUACGCCUGGUGAUUGACUAAAAAAAUUCCCGCCAGCUUCUCAACCAAUCAGAAGUUAAACCAUUCGUAACAUGGUAGCACACGUUUUUCUCGUCCUCGUCGGCGGCCACGUUUAUUUUUCUCCGAGUUCUGUAAAAGAUGGGUCCAUUUGAUAAUAGGAGCGUAUUGUGAUUGGCCAAUAUGAAAUGCUUCAAAUAGAAACCACUCCUUCCGUGGUCAUAAAUCUUUUCUUUUUCUAUCGCAGGUGGUGCCAUUAACAGUGCACGCUCUUUGGUGACGUCAUGGCUCUCAGAACUUACGCAAUCAGCUUCAGAACAAAACGCUCAGGAGGAAAAUAAAAUUGGCAUAGAGACUGAGGAGAAAACAGAAGAACAACCUCCCGAUAAUGAACUAUUAUGAACGUAAUCUCUGUUGCUAGUAUUACAAAAAAAAGUCUUGGUUUUUAUAUCGGUGACCCUAUCGAGGCUGACUGAAAAGCAAAGGAAGGACUCUAUAAAUAGUCCAUCCACAUUAGACCACUUUCGCUUGUUUUGUUGGUUUUGCCAUUGCACUAGGAGGUCAUGUGAUGUCUUCAGGGAAUUUGCCCUUUGUAUUUUCAUAAAUUAUUUCUACGUAUGCGCUUGAAUAAGACGAACUUUGAAGGAAUAACAGUUCUUUCAGAGUAACAUCGCCUAGCUCUCAACUCGAAAAUACACAAACCAAACGAAAGUGGCCUCUUCGGGGAGAACACCCUGGGAAUAGAGCCUCCCUUUGUCUUCUUCUUGAUCGUGGAUGAGAAAAGAAGGCUAUGCCAGAGCCGCGUCAAGCUUAAAGUGGAGUCGCCGCAGCCCAAAAACCUGGACUAGUCAAUAUUGUUUUCUCUCGUCAAACUGAUUUUUCCAGUGCGAGCUUUCUUUUCUUGAUAAAGGGAUGGUCAUAACUUAAGCCCGCUGUACCAAGCAGAGCAGGUUUAUUAGGCCUAGGUUCGAAACUGUAUC